AGGCAGUCCCGCACUCUAAAAACCCUAGUGGCGCCACGUGACUCGCCCCCAAAUUCUCAAUAAGCUUCUGUUAGGCCGAAGCUCAGUCCAGCGGCGACAACAAUGGGUGCCUAUACAUAUGUGUCGGAGCUAUGGAAGAAGAAGCAAUCCGAUGUGAUGCGGUUCUUGCUGAGGGUGCGUUGUUGGGAGUAUCGUCAGCUUCCCGCUGUUGUACGUGUCACCCACCCGACCCGGCCCGACAAGGCCCGCCGCCUCGGCUACAAGGCCAAGCAGGGGUAUGUGGUCUACCGUGUCCGUGUUAGACGUGGUGGAAGGAAGAGGCCAGUGCCCAAGGGUAUUGUGUAUGGUAAGCCCACAAACCAGGGUGUUACUCAAUUGAAAUUCCAACGCAGCAAACGAUCAGUCGCAGAGGAACGUGCCGGCAGGAAACUCGGUGGUCUUAGGGUUCUGAACUCAUACUGGAUCAAUGAGGACUCAACUUACAAGUACUACGAGGUAAUUCUGAUUGAUCCAGCCCAUGCUACUGUCCGCAAUGACCCAAGAAUCAACUGGAUCUGCAAUCCAGUACACAAGCACAGGGAGCUCCGUGGACUUACUUCUGCUGGAAAGAAAUACAGAGGUCUUAGAGGAAAGGGCCACUUGCAUCACAAAGCACGCCCUUCAAGAAGGGCUACCUGGAAGAGGAACCAGACCCUGUCCCUCCGUCGAUACCGAUAAUCUUCAUGAAAUUUUUGGUAUAAAGAAUGGUGCGUACGGUAAGACUGCGGAGCUGCAGGGUUUAAGGAUUUUGUUACACAGACUUGUUUGACCAUGCCUGUAUGUUUUACGAGCAAAGUUUUCCCUUUCCUCUAAAAGUCUGGUGUAUUCUUACACGACUCACAGUGAUUGGUUGUGCUAAAUCAUGUUGUAUGGAUACGAUUAUCAGGAAAUUGCAUGGAUGUGAAUUGUGAUUUA